GAUUUGACGGACUUUUGUCAUCAUCUCUUUUAUUGUUAUAAAGGUGAAGCCAAGUCACAGGUAAGCUCUUCCCCACUACUGCUUACUACUCCGAUUCAUCCAAAACAGUUUCAGAUCUCCGUUCGUUGCACAAUGUCGAAGUCCGGAGCUAUGGAUCUCGCCUCGAACCUUGGUGGAAAGAUCGAUAAAUCCGAUGUUCUCACCGCCGUCGAAAAGUAUGAGCAAUAUCAUGAAUUCCACGGAGGAGACGAGGAAGAGCGAAAAGCUAAUUACACUGACAUGGUUAAUAAGUACUAUGAUCUUGCUACUAGCUUUUAUGAGUACGGUUGGGGAGAGUCCUUCCAUUUUGCACACAGAUGGAAUGGAGAAUCACUUCGAGAGAGUAUCAAACGUCACGAGCACUUUCUUGCUCUUCAGCUUGGCGUUAAACCUGGCCAAAAGGUACUGGAUGUAGGAUGCGGAAUUGGUGGACCACUGAGAGAAAUUGCACGAUUCAGCAAUUCAUCUGUUACCGGGAUCAACAAUAAUGAAUACCAGAUCACCAGAGGCAAGGAACUAAACCGACUUGCAGGUGUCGACAAGACAUGCAACUUUGUCAAGGCUGACUUCAUGAAGAUGCCAUUCCCUGAAAACACUUUUGAUGCUGUUUAUGCUAUAGAGGCAACCUGUCACGCACCUGAUGCAUAUGGAUGCUACAAAGAGAUCUACAGAGUGCUAAAGCCGGGGCAAUGUUUUGCUGCCUAUGAGUGGUGCAUGACUGAUGCAUUUGACCCUGACAACGCCCAACAUCAGAAGAUAAAGGCAGAGAUAGAGAUUGGAGAUGGUCUCCCUGACAUCAGGCUGACUUCAAAAUGCCUCGAAGCUCUGAAGCAGGCCGGUUUUGAAGUAAUAUGGGAAAAGGAUCUGGCCAAGGACUCGCCAGUCCCAUGGUACUUACCUCUGGACAAAAAUCACUUCUCGCUCAGUAGCUUCCGCCUAACAGCUGUUGGACGAUUCAUAACCAAAAACAUGGUGAAGCUCCUUGAGUACAUAAGACUGGCACCUAAAGGAAGCCAAAGGGUAUCAAAUUUUCUGGAGAAGGCAGCAGAAGGAUUAGUCGACGGUGGAAGGAGAGAGAUAUUCACGCCAAUGUAUUUCUUCUUGGCCCGGAAGCCAGAAUGAGCCUGGUGAGAGAUGCUUGUCCGUAGGUCGAGUGAAGUUUGUUCUGUUUCAUCUCCUUUUGUUGCAGCGUUUCUCUCCUAAAUUCCUAAAAAGAAAAACCUUGUUGCAACUUUGUUUUGGAUAAGUCUUAACAUGUCACGUGCUGCAACUCUGUCACUGAGUCACGUGCAUAUGCGCAAAAUAUCUUGGAAUCCUUUAUCUCUUUCUAUUUUAGAUCUCAGAAACUUCAUUUGUCGACUUCUGUUAUGAUCCAAACGUGGAAACACUUCCACGAACAGACGUGGUCCUUAGAUUAUAUUUUUGGAUUUA